UCAGUGGGAUCAACUUACCCCACCCAAGGGUGUACUCCCCAAGGAACCUCCAUGCGUGCGAUAGAGAGAAGCUGGAGCUUUCAUGGCCAUCACAGUGUGAUUCACAAUAACUGAGACAUGGGAAGAGCAAUCCUGCACAUCAACAGAUCAUAGAGAAACUGGAAGGCAUGAAGAAAAACAUUGAUGCCAUCAAGCUGACCAAAGCCAGCCCUCGCCUGACAAAUAGUGCCAAGCGUCUAAUGACCACAGGGAAGGUGUCAGCCCAAAGCACUAGACAGGUGGAGAAAGCCUUUGGAGGCACUGCGCUGGCAAUGACCAAAGGAGCCCGGAUCAUGGGUGCAGCCACUGCAGGUCUCACCCUUGUGCUAGAUGUGGUCAGUCUCAUAGAAGACUCAAAGCAUUUGCAUGAGGGUGCAAAGGCAGAGUCUGCUGCAAAGCUGCGGCAGAAGGCUCAGGAACUGGAGCAGAAGUUGCAGGAGCUCACCCAGUUGCAUGACAUCCUGACUCAGUGACCUCUUCUUCACUGCAGCUCAGAACUGUAGGUAGGUGCUGCCCUGAACAAGGCCACAGACACAUGAGAGGCUCUGACUGUAUCCCAUCACAGCAAUGCCCCUGUGGCAGGAGUGUGUGCUAGAGGGAGAGGACACAGUCUGGGGAAGUGAUGAGGUUUAAUUGCUAUUGAAGUUUAAAAUCUGCUGCAAUUGGAUGAGAUCUGUUGAGAUGCACAUGGAGGGCUAACCUUAUUCUAUAACAUUUGAAGA